AUGGAUCAUAUACCGUCGUUGCCCAAGUCCAUCAAGGGGAACACCGAACUGCUCAUUUGGGUCGACCUUUUCUCGGGAUAUGUGAUUGCAAAGGCUAGCUCCUCUCGGACGGCACAAACAAUAGCGGAGAAUUACGAAGAAUGUGUGUUUCGACGCUUCGGAGCUAGCGAGGCUAUCAGGCACGAUCGAGAACCGGGAUUUAUGUCCGACUUCUUUCGAGCCUUCAGUCGGAUCGUAGGACAAAAACAGCGUGCUGCUAUGGCUUACAGGCCACAAGCAAAUGGAACAGCCGAACGAAUGGUGCAAACCCUGACACAUUCGCUCAAGAUGUACGUGGCUGAAGUUGACCAGCGAGACUGGGAUGAGUAUGCUGAGCGGCUCACAUUUGCCAUUAACACUGCACAAGAUUGGAUCCGGGGGGAUACCCCAUUUUAUCUGAUUCAUGGGUGGGACCCGCGAUCGACUUUGGAGGCUACGCUACCAGUGGGGAAUACGGGGACACGAGAUCGCGAUCCAAAGAGGUGGAGAUACAAAAUCCAAAGACAAUACCUGCGAGCCCGAUCUGCAGUGAACGAUCGUUUACAAGCCGCGAUCCAGGAGCGAGCGGAUCGACACAACGAAGAUCUGGAACCACACAAGAUCGAAGUAGGAGCGCAAGUUUGGCUAUACCUGGACCGAGUUAAAGAGGGAUAUGCGAAGAAGCUAGCGCACAUGUGGCAUGGGCCAUUCCGAGUUGCGGACGUAUGUGGAGAUCAUGCUGUAAAAUUGGAGAUCGCUGGAACCCCAUAUCGGUUAUUUCCGAUUGUACAUAUAUCGAAGCUAAAAAAGGUAAAGAAGUUCCCUGAACGCCCGAAGGAUCAGCUUACGAUAGAGGAAUCAGAUCGCUUGGAUUUCGAUGAAGCUCUGCUGCCAGAAGACAGUUUGGAUGGCGAUCUUGAAGAAGGGGAAUACGAAGUGGAGGCAAUAUUGGACGUGCGAUCUGGUAGAAAAACCCGUUAUGGGCGAGUACACCGGCAGUUUCUGGUGAAGUGGAAGGGAUAUCCCGAUCUAAGUUGGGUGGACGAGGCCGAUCUACGUUGUGGGGCGAUCUUGCAAGAGUUUGAGCGGAACCGAGUGAGUCGAAACCGUUUCGACGUAAUGCAGUCUCAUGAAGGCAAGUCGGACGAACCUUAA